AUGACGGAAACACAAGCGCAAAAACCGUCAACAUCUGAAUGCGCCGUUUUGGAGACUGGGAAGGAGAUUAAUAAAAGCUCUUCACCCGUUUGUCAAGUUACUUCGGAGACCCCCUCCAUAGUCAUCAAUGCGCGUGAGAAUCUGUCCAGCCUUACCAGUGCGGAUGAGCAUUCACGUAUCAGCUACAAAGAUGAACAGCAAUACAUGAAAGAUUUGGCAGACGAUGGUUUCAACUCAGAAGAUGAAGAAGAAGAAGAUAUCAAGGAGGGCUCUACCUCCAUCCUAGAUAGGGCUAGAGGUAUAGAAGAAAUGUCGGCAAAGCCACGUAACAUUGACACUUCGAGCUGGACAGUAACCGAUCCUACUCAUCCGCGCGAGGUUCAGUACGAAGUCCUGAAUGAGGAUGAUGAAGAUGAGGAGGCGGAGAUGCUCCGACGCCGCGUUGCAGAAUUGAACGCGGCCCUGGCCUUGGAACCGCCAAUUGAAAGAGUGCGACCACCUCAAGCCUCCAGGGUGGCCUUUAAGGAGUCACUGGUGGACUUUGAAGUCAGCUUAUCGCCAGAUGAGCAGCAGUCGGAGACUGGGGAAUGUGCUUCACCGCCUUGCUCGCCUGUCCCCGUCUCCGUAUCUACUGCCGAGCCGAUGAAACUUGAGGAGCGGAGCAUGGAGAAGAGCGCCAUGAAGUUCGCGAAAGUGCAAAGUGUUUGCUCAAGUGAAGCGCCCUCUCUGGGUCCGCCGGAAAUUGUCACACGGACCCAACCUGUGAGACCGGAGGGUUCCUCUCGAAAGAGGUCGUCAACGAGGAACGGAAGGGGUGAAACUGUCUCCGAGAAGGGCAACACCAAAGAUGCAGUAACUUCUGCAUCUAUCAGCGUUUCCAUUUUGAAGAAAGGUGGUAGGUGCAUCUACUUUGUCCUAAUGGUCAGUUACGCCAAUACAAACUUCCGUCCGCCUGGUAUUAACGAGGUUUUCCGUCUUCUAGAUGUGGGGCGCACGAAACGCAUUACACAGAGUGGAGACGUUGCACGCCACACAGAAAGGCCUCUACCGGUACCCCCCAAGGUGAAACCAGUAAGUUCUUCGUUGUCGCUGCAAAAGACAAAGCCCGCGCGAUUCAGUCCAAAAACACCCGUCGAGAAGCGCAAACAGCAGGAGGAGGAACUGGAGAAAGCCAGGCUCAUGGCUGAAGAGAGACGAAGACUGAAUGACAAAGUUAUGCAGGUGAGGCUACAGCAUCGUUUUGAAUCCAGACAACUUUAUCAAUGA